AUGCGUUCUGUGAGAGACCUGCCCAGGUAUGAAGGUGUUCUUGACCUGCUCAGCCGUGUUGGUGUUCUAGACCUGCUCAGCCGUGUUGGUGAUCUAGACCUGCCCAGGUAUUAUGGUGUUCUAGACCCGCUCAGCCGUGUUGGUGAUCUAGACCUGCCCAGCUGUGUUGAGGCUCUUGGUGUGCUCCGCUGUGUUCAUGUUCCAGACCUGCUCAGCCGUGUUGGUGUUCUAGACCUGUUGCGUUGUGCUGGUGUUCUAGACCUGCCCAGCUGUUUCGGUGUUCUUGGCCUGCUGAGCUGUGUUUAUGUUCCAGACUUGCUCAGCUGUGUUGAUGUUUUAGACCUGCUCAGUCGUGUUGGUGUUCUAGACCUGCUCAGCCGUGUUGGUGUUCUAGACCUGCUCAGCUGUGUUGAUGUUUUAGACCUGAUCAGCUGUGUUGAUGUUUUAGACCUGCUCAGCUGUAUUGGUGUUCUAGACCUGCUCAGCUGUGUUGGUGUUCUGGACCUGCUCUGCCGUGUUGGUGUUCUAGACCUGCUCAGCUGUAUUGGUGUUCUAGACCUGUUGCGUUGUGCUGGUGUUCCAGACCUGCCCAGCUGUUUCGGUGUUCUUGGCCUGCUGAGCUGUGUUUAUGUUCCAGACUUGCUCAGCUGUGUUGAUGUUUUAGACCUGCUCAGUCGUGUUGGUGUUCUAGACCUGCUCAGCCGUGUUGGUGUUCUAGACCUGCUCAGCUGUGUUGAUGUUUUAGACCUGUUGCGUUGUGCUGGUGUUCCAGACCUGCCCAGCUGUUUCGGUGUUCUUGGCCUGCUGAGCUGUGUUUAUGUUCAAGACUUGCUCAGCUGUGUUGAUGUUUUAGACCUGCUCAGUCGUGUUGGUGUUCUAGACCUGCUCUGCCGUGUUGGUGUUCUAGGCCUGCUCAGCUAUGUUGGUGUUCUUGGCCUGCUCAGUUACCUGCUCAGCCGUGUUGGUGUUCUGGACCUGCUCAGCCGUGUUGGUGUUCUAGACCUGCUCAGCCGUGUUGGUGUUCUGGACCUUCUCAGCCGUAUUGUUGUUCUGGGCCUGCUCAAAUGUGCUGUUUUUCUAGACCUGGUUCGCUGUGUUGGUGUUCCAGACCUGCUCAGCCACCGGCUCAGCCGUGUUGGUGUCCAAGGCUUGCUCAGCUGUGCUGGUUUUCUAGACCUGGUUCGGUGUGUUGGUGUUCUAGAUCUGCUCAGUCGUGUUGGUGUUCUAGACCUGCUAAGCCGUGUUGGUGUUCUUGACCUGCUAAGCCGUGUUGGUGUUCUUGACCUGCUCAGCCGUGUUGGUGUUCUAGACCUGCUCAGCCGUGUUGAUGUGCUAGACCUGCCCAGCCGUGUUGACCGGCUCAGCCGUGUUGGUGUCCAAGGCUUGCUCAGCUGUGCUGGUUUUCUAGACCUGGUUCGGUGUGUUGGUGUUCUAGAUCUGCUCAGUCGUGUUGGUGUUCUAGACCUGCUAAGCCGUGUUGGUGUUCUAGACCUGCUCAGCCGUGUUGGUGUUCUAGACCUGCUCAGCCGUGUUGAUGUGCUAGACCUGCCCAUCCGUGUUGGUGUUCUAGACCUGCUCAGCUGUAUUGGUGUUCUUGACCUGCUCAGCUGUGUUGGUGUUCUUGACCUGCUCAGCCGUGUUGGUAUUUUAGACCUGCUCAGCUGUAUUGGUGUUCUUGACCUGCUCAGCUGUGUUGGUGUUCUUGACCUGCUCAGCCGUGUUGGUAUUUUAGACCUGCUCAGCUGUAUUGGUGUUCUAGACCUGCUCAGCUGUAUUGGUGUUCUAGACCUGCCCAGCUGUGUUGGUGUUCUUGACAUGCCCAGCUGUGUUGGUGUUCCAGGCCUGCCCAGCUGUAUUGGUGUUCUAGACCUGCUCAGCCGUGUUGGUGUUCUAGACCUGCUCAGCUAUACCUACCCAGCUAUGUUUGUGUUCUAG